GUGUGUGUGUGUGUGUGUGUGUGUGUGUGUGUGUGUGUGUGUGUGUGUGCCCUGACAGGAGGAAGCAGAAGUCUUUAGUUUCUUCAUGUUCCUGCAGCUGUGGUUAACCAUCAGCUGACAUCAUCGCAGACUUACUCCCUCUCUCUCUUUUAGGGACGAUCAGAGCCGAGGCAGGUCACACAGAUGACAUCAAAGAACGAUUUCACAAAGAGGCUCCCUCCUUCUUUCCUGCACAGAACACACCUUUAACCACAGUGUGACGCACACACGGCUGAGCAACACACACACACACACACACACACGGCCAGUCUGUGUCACAACAGAGAGGGAGCAGACAUAGACACACACACACACACACACACACACACACACACACACACACAGGGUCAGGUGUGAACAUGUCGGGGAAGCUGCAGGGGAACAUCGUGGUGACGGGCUCCAACCGAGGGAUCGGACUGGAGCUGGUCCGACAGCUGGCUCAGCAGGUGAAGGAGGAGGAGACUCACCUGUACGCCUGCUGCAGGGAGCCGGAGGGCAGCCAGGCUCAGGCUCUGAGAGAACUGGCGGCUCAGCAUCCUGGAAAGAUCUCAAUAAUCCGACUGGACAUAUCCGAUGAGGAGAGUAUCUCAGCUGCUGUUCAGGCGGUGAGCGAGCACAUCGGAGACGAAGGCUUGAACCUUCUCAUCAACAACGCUGCCAUCAACAAACCAGCUUCACCGGCGCCGUUAUCCGCCACCGAGAAAAAACACAUGAUGGACGUUUAUGAAACCAACGUCGUGGGACCGUUUCUGCUGGCCAAGAUGUUUCUUCCACUCCUCCAGAGGGCAGCAGAGAGGGACUCACCUGAAAACAACAAAGGUGAUACAAUGUCCUGCAGGAGGUCAGCCAUCAUCAACAUCUCCACAUUGAUCUCCUCCAUAGAGAAAUGUCCAGAGAGUUUCUCUGUAGCACAGAUGUACCCUUACAGGACCAGCAAGGCAGCGCUGAACAUGCUGACUCGAUGUCAGGCUGAGGACUUCAGGGCACACAACAUCCUGGUGACAGCCGUCCAUCCGGGCUGGGUCCAAACUGAGAUGGGAGGAGACCAGGCUCCGUUGACCACUCAGGACAGUGUACGUGGGAUGCUCAGUGUGAUGGUGUCAUUCAGUAACAAAGACUGUGGGAGGCUCCUGGACUGGCAGGGCGGCGCCAUCCCCUGGUAGCAGACAAGAACCAUCAGACGGAUCCUGUCUCCAUGGAGACAUAAACAGCCACAUGGACGAAGUUUUCCAUGUUGUUGUCUCUAACUGCACAUUUUUAAAUGAAUGUUUGAAUCUGUAAUUAAAAAAAACAACCACACAUUGUU